AUGGAUAGCUCCAGCAGCGGUAACGACUGCUGCGCAGGCCGAUGCUCAGUACUAAGGAAUUUAGCGGCUCAUAGGGCCCCUAAAGAGAUCAAAGCAGCGGAGGGAGAGAGUGACGUCCUGGUACUGUCGCUGCAAAGCCCCAAUCGCUCGCCAUCAGCCUGGCUCAUUCUGGUGCUAGUGCUGCUGGCGCAGCAGCAGCGGGACAGUUUGAACAGAUCUGUGCAGCAAGUAUCAAUGGAAGGCGCAAGGCCACCUUUUUCAUUCUGGGGCUGGCAUUUCAUGGACGUCUCCCAACGCGUCACUUGUUCGUCUUUCUAUUGCAAAUGCAAAAUUAUACAUGCCGGCUGA